GGAGAAGAAGAUGGACUUUGCGGAACAAGAGAUAGACUUAUUCGGAGAUGGAGACUAUUCAAACGACGAAGGACAAGAGGAAAACGAAGAAAAACAACAGGCCCACCAAUCAUCUUCAUCAUCCUCGUCAUCUUCAGGCUCUUCUUCACCUUCUUCAUCGUCUAAUCACAGUGGAAGUAGUGGUCGCAGCGGCAGUGGUAGCGGCAGCGGAAGCGAAAGUGGAAGUGGCAGCGGCGGCGAAGAGGAGGACGACGAAGAAGAUAAUGGGGAAGUGAGGUCUAAUUACAAUAAUAGUCACAAUGAUAACGAUGAUGACGACAAAGAUCUGUUUGGCUCUGAUAAUGAAGAAUACUGUAAAACCCCUUCGAAAAGUCCCUUUUUGGUGCCCGUGUUGCCUCCAAUUCGUAAUACUAACAACCAGAGAGGAGGUUUUGGGCGUGGUCGUUGGCAAAAUGAUAGAGGAGCUGGCAUCCUUCCUCGACCUGGACCUUAUCCUCAAAGGCAUGGCUAUGGUUAUGGUUCCAAGUUCAUUAAUGGUCGUCAUGAUGACCGUUUUGUUUCUGAAUUAAAGCUUACGAAAAGUGAAGAAACUUUAGCAAGAAAAUGCAUACAAUUUCAGGAACCAUGCGAACUUGCUUGCUAUAGUCGUGCAGAAGGUGGAGAUGUGUACUUUGAUGAUCGCAGCUUGAGGCUUUUUAAACGUCUUAUUACUGAAGAUGUUGGAGCUGACCUGAAUGAAGGUUUCGACACUUUCAUUGAAAAGCAAGAUUUGGGUUCUCAGGGGUUUGGUGACCUUCUUGCUUGCAUAAGAGACAAAAAUAUCCCACUUCAAAAUAUGCAUUUUGUGACAUAUCGUAACAAUCUUAAUAAGAUAUUGGCUACUGCUUAUAUGAGGCAUGAACCGUGGGAAAUGGGGGUGCAUAAAAGGAAUGGAGUUGUCUAUCUUGAUGUGCACAAAUUACCAGAAAGGCCACAAAGUGAGCUGGAUCGUCGAAGAUCUUAUUGGGGAUACUGUUUUGAGAGCCUUGCCACUGAAGACCCAACAAGGGCUGAUGGGGAAGGGGUACAUCAUAUUGAUUCCAACAUUGAAUAUUGUUCCGUAAUUAAAACCAAAUUAGGAGCUCAUCGUAUCUUGAUGGGUGCUGAAAUGGAUUGCUGUGAUUCGACGGAUGAUGGAAGGAGGUUUUAUGUGGAGUUAAAGACAAGUCGUGAGUUGAAUUACCAUACUGAGGAAAGAUAUGAGAGGGAGAAAUUGCUCAAAUUCUGGAUCCAGUCAUUUCUAGCUGGUGUCCCUUUCAUUGUCAUUGGAUUCAGGGAUGAUUCCGGGCGACUUGUCCGCACAGAGAGACUAAGAACCAAAGACAUAACGCAUAGAGUGAAAAUGAAAAACUAUUGGCAGGGAGGAGUUUGCUUAGCAUUUGCUGAUGAGGUGUUAUGCUGGCUUUAUGGGACAGUCAAAGAGAAUGAAGACUACAUAUUGCAGUUUGCUCAGCCUUUCAACCGUUUGGAGCUUCUCCAAGCACAGUCGUGCCCGGAUGUAAUUACUAACCAUGUUGAGCAGUUAUGACCAUAUCAGGAGCUUCAUAAAUUAUAUAGUACAAACUUGGAUUCAAGAAUACAGAAGGGAAGCGAGGACUGGGGCUGAGAUAUUAACUUGUGAUUUUGAGAUAGAAUGCAAGUUUUGUUGUAUCUAUAUGGUGUGCAAGAAGAAUAUGUUGACAUUUGCACAUGAGGCAGGCAGGUCAUAGAAAUGAUUUUGUUAGGAAUGGCAGAGCCAUGUUUUGCAUUAUCAUUUUUUAAAAGAGGUAGAUUUACAAAUGUAGAAUUAGUACAUUGUAUCAUUAUGCAAAAGAAAAAAAGGAUGAUUUUUCUAUCAGUCAUAUACUUCAUCCAAUUAGGCUGAUGAAUUAAACCCGAAUUUCGUCCGGAGUUAGUUUCAUUAAUUUGCUG